CAUGGGUGGGAUGAUUUUUGGAGAUGAUGUAUUGUGGUAUAUUGUAUUGUGGUAUAGAUGAUGUGGAUGAGUGCGAAAGUGGUAGAAAGAGAGGGAUGGUAUAAAUUUUUAUAACAUAAGUGAUGAUGGUCUAAGGAGGUGGAUUAUUUGGAUUUGAUUCUAAUGCUCAUUAAUAAUUUGCAUCAUAUAAGACUACAAGAGUGAUUGAAUGAUAGCAAAAUCUAUUCUUAGACAUGUUAGGUAACCAAAUAACUAAUAUUAUCAUUUAUACAUGUACACCUAAAAAGUUGCAAACAACUCUUAUUUAACUCAUUUUAUCACCAACUUGACAAGAAAUAGUCAUAAAUCCAUCCUAUUUUCACGGAACAUUAACAAAACCAACCCAAACACAAACCCGUUUACAGAAAAACUCAGACAUAAUAUUGCAUAUGACAACUUUUUUCAUGCAUUAUUUUACCAGACAUCAACCCAUUUUUGUGCCUAUAUUUAAUACUCAUCAACUUUCUUAAUGAUCAUCAAAAAAUUAUGAGUGGAGCUAGGGUAUGUUCAUCUCCUGAUCUUUUCCCAAUGUCAACUAGCAAUAAUGAAGAUUUAAGCUUAGAAGGUAUUUCAGCAAAUGUAAAGCUGCUGUUGAAGCUGAUUCAAGAUCAUCAAGAAGCAUCUAUUAAAGGGAAUUUGGAUGAACGAAAAGAACAAAGAUUUGCUGGAAUAAUGACCAUCUUAGACGACGUGAAAACAAGGCUGCAAAAAUCUCAAACAAGUUCCAAGAAAAGUAAGGCAGAACUUAGACGUUGUUACACCGAUUUACGAGUGAAUCCUCCUAAGGAUGUACAAAAAAAGGAUGAAACGUUGAUCUUAGACGAAAAGGAAAGGCUGCGAAGGGAUCUAAACACGAGUUGUGCAGCACAAAAGAGGCUAGGAGUUAUGUGUGCAAGUUUAGGGAGGGAAAAAGAGAUCAUUUCAAGGGAGUUGACUCGAAAAGUACAAGAAUUGAAUGAAAUGGAAGAGCAUAUUAAUGAUCUCAGGGCGCAAAAUGAGAAGUUAUCAGCUAAAAUACAGGCAUGUGUAGCAGAGCAGAAUGACAUCAAAAGAAGCGCGAAAGGGUCAGAAAAUAACAUCAGUUAUGCAGUAUCUCAACAAAGGAAUAAGGAGCUUUCAGAGCAACUUCUGAAGUCGUUGGAAGGCUAUAAAGCGAUGAAAAGGAAGCACAUAGAGGUGAAAGAAGAGAGGGAUGGAAUGCAAUCUGCAAUGGAAGAACUUGGAGAUGAGGUUAAACAUAGUAUUGAUAUAGUCCAUAGCCUCAGGCAACAUGUCGCUGCUUGUGGUUUGGGUGAGCAGGGUUGGGAGAUUGAAGAGAACAUCACUUCGUUAGAGCAUGUUUUUACAAGACUUAAUGUGAAGACUUCGAGGAUUAGGCAGGAAAGGAAGUGAAGUAUUUGAGACUUAGGAAAGGAAUAUCCAGACUUCAAUUUGCAUAGUCUGGAUUUUACAAGUUCUGUUUUUGUGAAUGAAAAAUUGUCCUGUUCUGUUUCUUUUUUGAGAAAAAGUUUUCCACAAACUUAUAUGUUCGAUAUUUUGUACCAAAUAAUAUGAAUAUGUAUAUAUAUGUCAUAAAGCUUUGUAUGAAACUGAUUUUAUAACAUCAAUGAAGA